AUGAGGUCGCUUGUGGAGCCCGAGGACCUAUUGUUUUCGGCAAACAGCCUUCUCUGCAACCUUCUGAAUGACUGGAAUCUUCAAUAUGGCCUGGGAAGCAUCGAAAACAGUGUGUACCACACUGCUUGGGUAUCUAUGGUCCUGAAAAACGAUGAAUGGGCCUUUCCAGAAUGUUUCGAAUUCCUGGUCAACAGCCAGCGCGAAGAUGGCAGCUGGGGUAAUACAGCGUCGGCCGUUGACCAAAUUUGCAACGGGCUCGCAUCACUUCUUGCAAUCCAAAGGCAUCUCAGAGGACCUGUUAACCAUUCCGAGGCGGGGCGUGACGAUUUGCAAAGGCGAUCGAAUCGUGCUAUUCAAUUCAUCCGAGCCACCCUUUCCGAAUGGAACAUCCAAAGCUAUGAUGAAACGCUCCCCAUAGGAUUCGAGCUAUGGUUUCCAGUCCUUCUUGAGCUACUCGAGAAGGAGGGUUUGGUUUUUGAGGUUCCUGGCAUAGACCGCAUUCUGAAAAUUCGCGAGGCGAAGUUGAGCAAGUUUUCAAUUGAAGACCUCUAUGGUGAAAAACCGUUGUCGAUCUUGUACUCACUGGAAGCAUUUAUCGGCAUUGCCGAUUUCAGUCGAUUGGGUCACCACAAGCGACUAGGUUGCAUCCACUAUUCCCCCUCCGCAACGGCAGUGUACCUCAUGGAAGCUCCAGAUUGGGAUGAGGAGGCUGAAGCUUUUCUGCGGCAUAUCGUGCAAUUGAGCGUGGCUCACGAUCGCGGAGUACCAGAAACGUUUCCCACGAGCUUUUUUGAAACGUCAUGGGUCCUAUCAACACUGUUGCACUAUGGUUUCUCUAGAGAUGAGCUCGAACAGGAUGUGCUCCAGCAGCUUCAGGAUCGACUGGUUGGCCACUUCGAGGACCAAAACGGGCUUGUCGGGGCCGCUGAAUCUGUUCCUCCUGAUCCUGACGAUACUGCAAAAAUGUUGACGACUCUCCACCUCCUGGGCCAAUCAUUUUCACCUGAUAGGAUGAUCCAACGCUGGGAAGGACCAGACCAUUUUAUGGUUUUUACUGGAGAGCGCAAUGCAAGUCCUACCGCUAAUGCAAAUGUGCUGCUUGCACUCGUCCAUCUCUCUAGCAAUGGUGAAUACAGCCAAUCAAUCAGGAAAUGUAUACACUUCCUGUGUAGGUGCUGGUGGGAAACGGACGGGCUUCUUCAUGACAAAUGGGUGUGUCAAGCGAAUUUCUGA